AUGGUCAUGCAAUCGUUGGACGACGCUUUCGACGCCUUCGACGAUGGCUAUGGGGUCUUUGAUGAAGAUGGCGGGGAGGCAGAGGAUCCACAGGAAGGCUUCAGCAGCCUCGUUGAUGGUGCCAAUGAGAUUCUCAUGGAGGACCAGGCGCGGAACGAGCGCCAGGCGCGCCGGAACGUGCGGAUCCGCGGGCUGCUGAAGACCUUCCGCGACUCCUCAGAGGCGGCUCCGAAGCCUUUCAAGAUGGAGGGCUUUGCCAAGGUCGCCGGGCCCCAGGCGCCGCAGUCGGAGCAUCCACCUUGGUGGGUCGAAAGGGAGCACCCCACCGAGGCCUCGCUGCGGCUCCAUGAGGAGCUCAUCGACUUCACCGAGUUCCUGCGUCCCACCGUCAUCGAGGCGGCCAUGCGCGAUGCCUGGGUCCACUCCAUCGAAGAGGCAGCCAAAUCCCUUUGGCCAGAGGUCCGGGUGCACAUUUUUGGCUCCACCUCGACGAGUCUGAACCUCCCCAGUGCCGACAUCGACGUGGCCAUCGUGAACGUGACGAACCUCCGGGUCACCACCGCGAUGAAGCAACUGGCUGAACGCAUGCUGGAGCGACAGGAGGUGAGCAAAGUGGAGAUCAUCCAGUCUGCUAAGGUACCGGUGAUGAAGGUGCAGCAGAGAACCACCGGGCUCAUGGCUGACAUUGUGAUCAACAAGACCGACGGCUUGGAUACGGCCAAGUUCGUUCGGGAACAAAUGGCGAUCUUCCCUGCCAUGCCUCCGCUGGUGCUUUUCCUGAAACUGUUCUUGGCCCAGAGGAAUCUCCACGAAACUUACAUGGGUGGCUUGGGCUCCUAUUUGCUUGUGUGCGUGGUGCUCUCCUUUCUGCAAUUGCAUCCUUCAGCUCAGCAGCAACGACUACACUCAGCUUCGACCUUGGGGAAGUUGUUGUUGGACUUCUUCCGCUACUAUGGCCAGGAGUUCCGCUACGCCACGCAGGGCAUCAGCGUCCUGAACGGCGGCGCCCUCUUCGACCGGCAGCAGCGGGGCUUCACAGCGCGAACACGCACGGGGCAGGCGACGCUCUGCUUGGAGUCUCCCUCGGAGCCCAGCCUGGACAUCGGGUCGCGGGUCUUUAAGAUCGGCAUCAUCCGCGCGGCCUUCAACCACGGCUAUCACGUGCUCUCCACGUUGUUCCUCUCCAAGGAGCCCAUUCCGGGCUCCUUGCUGUGUCCCUAUUUGCUGCGGCGCGACCACCCACUGAUCGCACAGCGCUUCCGCCUAUUCAACGAGCAGCCGGCUCCCUUCUUGGAGUUGGUGGGUCGCCCCGAGAGCGACGAGGAGCGGGAGAAGGGCCCUGCGGAGCCGAUCAUGAAGAAGAAGAAGUUGGACACGGCGCCGCUGAACAUCAAUGUGGCCAUGGAGGAGCCUGUGCCGGACCCCAUGGCCGAGAGUCUGACACAAGCCUUAGACUUCCUGGCGGCCGCCGAUCCGCGCUUGGCGCAAGACGACCCUUAUGGCCAGGCCGAAGCCGACUUUGAGGAGAGCCUCCUGGACCUGGACCCGGCAGUCUUGGCCGAAGAGCAGCGGAAGCUUCAAGAGCAGAUCGCACGUCUGGAGGCCCUGGGCGUCGAUGAGGACCUUUGA